AUGGGCACGACAAAUGAGGAAGGGUGGCAAGAACUUCGGCUUCCAUCACGGGAGGAGUGCCCCAAGCUAUUUUACUCGUUCCACACAAGCAAGGACGCCUUUUCGCUAUUACUGACCGACCUAAUAGCUAUUUGGGACUGCUCAUUGGAUAAGUAUGAUAUUCUUGCAGAAGCAGCGCGUCAAGAUGCGAGCAUUGAUCCUUCUGAGUCGGCGCGUCAAUUUGGUCUACUGUUAUCCAAAUUGCGCGAAAGUCUGCAACAUGAGAAGGGCCAGAAUGUAUUAGCCCGUGACAGCAAUCACUUAUCACGAAAUCUUUUAUUGCGCACAAAGAUUGACCUCCCCCGUCCAUUGAAGCCGCUGACCUGGAUAUUCCGUUUGGAACAGAAAAAUGCGUCUCAAUUAGCCGAGCAAUUAUUGCGCCCCAGCCUCCAUGAGGUCUCCGUUUCUGAGGACAAAAUCACCUCACUUCUACACACUAUCAAGGAGAAGGACCAUGUCAUUUCACGCCUACUCGAUAGGAUAAAGACCUCUGGCAUUGACCUAGGAUUAGACUUUCCAAGUUUUGCAAUCGCCUCGUCUCGAAAAGGUGGCCAACUCUCGGUCGCAGACGCUAAAAGGCACGUGCCAGGGAUGGCAGAGUUCGAUCACAAGUCUUGGAUCAAGCAAUUCUCCAAUGACGACGGGUAUGAAGGCGCCGACCGAACGGGACUAAAGAAUCUGGUCAAAGGGUGUGAAAAAUGUUUCGUGCAUACACGAGAGCAGCAUGAAGACUGGCUCAGUGGACUUACUACCUCUGAUAACAAAAGAGCCAUUCUGGUUGGCGGCAUCAACGCAGAAUCUGGGCUCGACAGGGGAGGCGUCGUCACACUUUCUUCCAAGUGGGAAGAGACACCGACAGAGUCUGAUAAUGACGACGAUGAUUUCGAGCGACAACCAACCCCACCUAAGCUACAUCCCAAAGAUGCCAACAAACAGGGGACGAGGUCUUCUGCCCAAAGCGGCGAUACUGAAGCCGAGAGCGAUGAUGAUAUACCUAAGAAGAAGACGACGACUAAGCUUGGGAUUCUAGGUCGGCGAAAUGCUACCAAAGCAUAUGGUGAUUCAAAAGCAAACCCCAGAUCUUCCCCAGUCAUUCUGAGAAGAUCUGCUUCGCCACCUCUUCCAUCCAGAGAAGCCUCCGGAACCGCGACAGAAUCUGAUUCGGAAGUUGGCAGUCAUCCGCAUAGAAAGGGGUACAGACGCCCCUUGAAAGGCCCGCCGAAGCAGAAAUCUAGGCUCGGUGGGCUCAAGAAACCAAGCGACAAAAAGUCAUCUCCUUCAUCUCCAUCCGAGGAUGAAGGGUAUGCUCCGCCAAAGACCAACGAGCAGCAGAAAUCAAGUCAAGUCAGAGAAACGUCCGACCCUGACAGCCCACCUGCUCCGUCCUCAAACCACCGACGGCCAGGCCAGGUGAACAAGACAAAAGAGCCACCUCCAAGCAGAAGCCCCAGCAGCACGCCAGAGGCAGACGAUCUCGAGGGAUCCUCUCCACCGCAAACGAGAGGGAGUCAGAAACGACAGCCUCCUCCCAAAGCUCAAUCACCACCAGCGCCGCGCCGACUUGGACGGCUCGGAGGACUCGGGGGCGGACGCAAAGGCAAACCGUCAGCAGCAUCAUCAUCAUCAUCCCCUCAACCCUCCUCGUCUAGAAAGAAAGCCUCAGGAAAACCCACCCCCGAUGUCGAGAUGACCGACGAGGAUACGCCCUCACCAUCCCCUUCCCCGUCCCCAUCUUCGAAACCCACAACGCGACAGCACACAAAUCACACUUCAUCAAGCCCCAGUACGAAGAAAUCAAGCCCCUCAACAAGCAAAGCGAAAUCCACCGCGAAGCAGCAAGAAACAGAAGCAGAAGAGCAACCUCCCGAGCAAGAAGAGACCGACGAGGCGAAAGCGAACCGGCGCCGCGAAGAGCUGAAGCGCAGUAUCGCGUCGGGCGCGGGCGUCAGGAAAAAGCGCCGCUUCUGA